AUGGCUGAUCUCCAUGUGGCCAACACCUGUGUCCUGUCCCAGCACCUGGCCUCGUCCUGGCAACACCCUACCAGUUCAGACCAUGAUCGCCCGCCCGAUCAUACUGGUCCCAAGUUUGACAUCGAUAUGCUGGUUUCGCUUCUGAGGCAAGAAAAUGCAAGAGACAUUUGUGUGAUCAAGGUUCCUCCAGAAUUGAAAUACACAGAUUACUUUGUGAUUGGUAGUGGAACUUCCACCCGACACUUGCAUGCGAUGGCCUACUACAUUGUUAAAAUGUAUAAAUACCUGAAAUGUAAAAGUGAGCCUCAUGUUAAGAUUGAAGGGAAGGACACUGAUGACUGGCUCUGUGUGGACUUUGGCAGCAUGGUGAUUCAUUUGAUGCUUCCAGAAACCAGAGAAACCUAUGAAUUAGAGAAAUUAUGGACCCUAUGUUCUUACGAUGACCAGUUAGCACAGAUAACACCUGAGACAUUACCUGAAGACUUCAUUCUUGGAAUAGAAGAUGAUACUUCAUCCCUGACUCCAGUGGAGUUCAAAUAAAAAUAAAAUAAUAUGAA